GCUCUCUGCCGGGUUGCGCCCCGCCCGCCUGUGCGGCGGGUGGCCGGAAGCCGUGGGCUAUCCCCUCCCGGGCUUGAGCCAUGGCUGAAAGUGGCCGGACACCUCAGGCCCGGGCGCUCCUGCAGCAGUGCUUGCAUGCCCGGCUGCAAGUACGCCCCGCCGAGGGGGACGCCGCGGCCCAAUGGGUGGAGGUAACAUCAGCCCCGCAGCUCCUGCGGUUAUUCUCUGGCGCGAUUCAGAGAGGAUUAGUGAUCUAUGUGUGCUUUUUCAAGGGAGCUGAUAAAGAACUUCUUCCAAAAAUGGUUAAUACACUGUUAAAUGUGAAAUUGAGUGAAACCGAAACUGGCAAGCACGUCUCUAUAUUGGAUCUACCUGGCAACAUUCUUAUCAUCCCUCAAGCCACCCUUGGGGGGAGAGUAAAAGGAAGAAACAUGCAGUAUCACUCUAACUCUGGGAAAGAAGAAGGGUUAGAACUUUAUUCCCAAUUUGUAUCUCUUUGUAAAAAAGAAUUAGCUGCUAAUAGCAAGUGUGCUGAAGCUGGGGUUGUGGUGGAACACGGCACUUACGGAAACAGGCAGGUGUUAACACUAGACACCAAUGGACCAUACACACACCUAAUUGAGUUUUGAAAAAUUGUAAGUUCCUACAGCUGUUUUCUGGAAUAAAUUGAUCUUGGGGUGUAAUUAGAUUUUUCUUCCCCUUCUUCUUGAAUACACUAAUCUGCAGCAUUUUUAGACAAGAAAAUCCUGGAUCCCAUCCAUAACUCCACAGCCUGCUAACUGGAUGACUUUGCCAAGUCACCUAAAAUCUGGACCUCAGUCACCUUUCAUCCUGCUUUCCCUACACUAACACUCAAAAAUUUGAAAAGUGCAUUCUCAUCACUUUAUGGUCCAUUAAAAGAACUGGAAAUGUUCUUUUUUUUUUUUUUUUUUUUUUUUUUAUUUUCCCACUGUACAGCAAGGGGGUCAGGUUAUUCUUACAUGUAUACAUUACAAUUACAUUUUUUCCCCCACCCUUUGUUCUGUUGUGGAAAUGUCCUUAGAGGGGUGUAUUUAAGCAUUUUGCAAUGAAAAUUUUGUUGAAAUCAAGAAAAAUAUAUUUCUGACACCUCAAAUGUAUGUAAUAGGUAAUAAAAAUCACUAUUUGUAUUAAAAUUAGGAAAACCCCAGCACAAACUGAUUAUAAUUUUGUCAAUUCUGUUUUGGUAUUUCAGAUUUCCAUAUUUGGAAUGAAAGAAUGAGAAAUUUGCUAUUCCUUUUUAAUACCUAUGAAAAUGUGAUAUAGAAAUGUUAUUGUGCAUUUUAAUAUUACUUUCCAAGGAUGUCCAAGUGCUUUAUAUUACUUUAAGAAUCUUUAGUUGAUAAUAGGAACAAGGUGUAGGGGAAUUAAAACUUAUUUUUAUUUAAUAUACCAAUGGGUUAAUCUGUUUUCAGUUUUUUUGUUUUGUUUUUUAUCAAAACAAGGUAUGUCUUAUUUUCUCUCUUUGGUUUUUAAAAGUUAGUGCUUCAUGAAAUUAGUGUUAGUUCAUAAAUUUUUUAGAAAGUUCCUUUCUUGUUGAUUUAAAUUGCUACAAAAGGAAUAAAAGGGAAGCUUUCUAUUAUUUGAAAACAAGUUGACUUGUUCGUUUCCAUUUUAUCUACUUAAUGAUUUGGAGCCAGUAUCAUUUUAUUCUAUUAGUGAAUGUUUGUGUCUCCCCAUCCCCACCGCCAAAUUCAUACGUUGAAGUCCCCCAAUAUGAUGACAUUUGGAGAUGGGGCCUUUGGAAGGUAAUUAGGGUUAAUAGGUCAUGAGAGUGGGGCCCUCAUGAUAGGAUUACUGUCCUCAUAAGAAGAAACACCAGAGAGCUUGCUCACUCUCUGCCCACUCUUUGAGGAUGCAGUGAGCAGGGGGCUAUUUACAAGCCAAGAUGAGAAUCCUUACCAGAAACUGACCACACUGGUGCCGAGAUCUUGAACUUCUAGCCUCCAGAGCUAUAAGAAAAUAAAUUUCUGUUAUUUAAGCCUCCCAGUCUAUGGUAUUUUGUAAAACAGUCCAAGCUGACUAAGACAGUGCUGUAAGAUAGUUAAUAAGGAAGAGUUUUUAAAACCAAGAAAGGAACAUUUACAAGAAGUUGAAAAAGUAAAUGAAUCAAUAAAAGGUAAUACUCAUUUUUCGCAAACUCCUCUGACUUAAUAAGAUAUUUUAAAGAGUAAAAAUGAAUAGUUCUAAUUAUCAAAAAGAUGAAAUUAACUUCAACAAACAUCUUAAGUAGCUGCUGAAAAUUCUUUGGUCUUAUAAUUUCUUUAGGUUUGUGUUCCUAAGAUACAUAACAUUUUUGUUAUCACAAAAAAAUCCUAUUUUCUCUAUAUCCUUCCUGUACCAUUCUAUUUUGGAACUCGAGGAUCAAUAACUGGCUUGGUAGUGAGCUCAUUGUCCUUAACUUUUGUGUUAUCGAUUUGCAAUACCCUUAUUGAAAUGUAAUAAACUAUUCAUAAACUUAAAACUCCAGUUUUCUCAAAGCUUCUCCAAGGAGGUGUAUAUGUCUUUCAAAAAGAUUAUGUGUUACCUAUUUUAAAUCAUUUUGAUUUUGUGUGUGGGUGAAAUGCUGACUCAUGGCCCUAGAUUGCUGUUUUAUGGUUCAGGCCAUUCUCCUUUUAAAAGAUUUGAAAUUUCAGCUACCUGAAGGGUUAUAAAGCAGAAGGUGACAGCCAAGUUUGUUUCAUUUCCAAGGAGGCUAGAACAGGAGGGAAACAGCAAGAGAAAUAAUAGAUAUGAAAAUAACUACACCUUGGCUUUCUAUAGCUCUUCUGGCCCAAGGUCCUCAAAGAACCUUCAAUAGAUACCUAAUUUUAUCUUCACAGUAUAUAAUGAGGAUAGUGCUGUGGAAAGUAAGACAAUGCUUAGGUAAUUUUCCCAAGAUCACACAUUAGGGAGGAAUAAUUUCUAUCCCUCUGGCUUUCCUUGUAGUGAGAGUAGAAACUGAUCUUUAUAAAGGCUUAGCAUCUUCCAGUGUGGAUCACUUGAAAAAGAACAGCCAGUAUGUGGUUUAUUUGCUAAAUUACGUGACAGUAGGGUUGUACCUAAUUUAGGUGCCUUCUGCCUCUGUUUUUUUAGAUUUCUAAAAUGUUUAAAUUAGAAUAUCAUUUCUAAAUACUAUUUGUCCAUUUGGGAACUUCAUGGAUUCAAUAAUAGGAAAUACUGUGUAUAAGACAUGGGCUACCAAUGAGUUUGAAUAUAUUGAGUAUAAUCUUUCAAAGUAAAUUAACACAUUACUUCAUCAGUUCAGGUCAAAAGAAGGCAUGGCGUUAAUGAAUAAUAUCUAUAUUAAUGAUUUAUUGACUCCACAAUGAAAAACCUAAACUUACCAAAUACUAUAAUCAAGUACUAUAAAAAACUUACCAAAUACUACAAAAUCCUGUGCCGCUUGUUUUGGAGACUAAGAAUUCACAUUGGUGUUAGAAUGAUAGGUCAAAUUUUUACUAUCUACGAUUAACAUUGCUCAGACUUCUCAUUGUGACUCAGUGGGUAUAGAACCCAACAUAGUGUCCAUGAGUAUGUGGGUUUAAUCCCUGUCCUCGCUCAAGGAGUUAAGGAUCCAGCAUUCCUGCAAGCUGUGGUGUAUGUCGCAGAUGCGGCUCAGAUGCCAUGUUACUGUUGCUGCGGCGUAGGUGUCAGCUGCAGGUGCUAUUCAACCCCUAGACUAGGAACCUCCACAUGCAGCAGGUGC